UCGCUUAAUUGAAAGAUUAGGUGGUCUUGUAAGCUUUUUGUAUUCUCUUCAACUAAUUGCAUACCUCGUCAGUUAAACGAACUUGCAAUCGAAUGCGACCAAUUCGAAAUUAGACUUUGUGCGAAAGACAGCGCGCGAAAAUAAUUCGUUAAAAAAUCUCCAAGAAUAAAACAAUCCUACGUCAACUGUACAUUUAUUUUUAUUUCUCUUUUUUUCUCGCUGCACGCCCACGUAAAUUUCAGUCUCCUCCGAUAGCCUUCUUGCAAAACAAAGCGAAGUGAGAGAACAACAUACCCCUUAUACAUUUCACAUACAUAUCCAACUCUCCCAGCGCCAGAUGCGCCCGACGCGUCAUCGUCCGGUUUUUUGCCCAUCGUACGCAAGAAGAAGCACACAUCCUCCCAUACGGUCUUUCUCUCUUACCUAGCGAGAAAAAACCUCAGCCGUGCGAGCAAGUAUACAUAUACACGACGACGCCGCGCUCUCUCUCUCUCUCUCUUUCUCUCUCUCUUUCUCUCUCGUAUAGCAGCGCCUUGUGCCGAGUCUCCGUGUACACGUCCGCGCGCAGUAACGCCGUGGAAGCCGUGUGUCGCCCACGCGCCUGCGUCCGACUCUUUCUCUCGCACUUUUGCGUGUAUACUGUACACGCGCGCACCUACGUUAUCGAUUCUCGAUCGAUCGACGGAUCCUACACGGCUUGUUUAUAAUCCGUAUUCCACGAAGUCGAAUCAAAACACACACACACACACAGCUAGAAAGAGAGAGAGAGAGAAACCAUCUGUGCUGCUGUGUAUAGGUACCUAUACAUAGGCGCACCUAUACACAGUUAAGUGUAUAUGCCGCAGCGUUCACCUUUCUUUCGCUGCUGCUGCUGCUGCUGCUGGCAUGGCGCACUUCGUUCGGCGACGAGUUUAAAAUUCAACGCGACGCGCCGUUAUAGGUCGUCGGCGUCGUCAUCGCCGCCGGUCUGAACUCCACUCGAUCAGUACCUAUACUUUGUCCGACAUGGCACGGAUGCUCUCUUGCCUCCGUGGCUUUCUCCUCGGCUUCGUCGUCGUCCUCGGAUUCUCAGGGGCGAUCGUUGCGACUGGUUCCGGCGUCUUCCUUUAUCAACUGCACGAGUACUCGCUGCUGACUCCAACAGGCGUCGAUGGGCCACCUGCUACUCUGCUGGGCUUGGGUCUACUCACUUGCGUUCUCGCCUGGUUCAUUUGGCAGUUUGAUUACAGCAGCAAGUCGCAAGUGAUUUCGCUCGCCGCUCUCAUAACGAUAGUCGGCCUGAUAGAGGCUGGCGUAGGAAUUUGGGCCUUGGUCCGUCAUCAAGAGACUUACAAGCUGCCGGACAAACUCGUUCAAAAAGCCGUCGUGGCGCUGAACGACCCAAAGAGCGAAGACAUCUGGCACCGUAUGCACGUGAGGUUGAAUUGCUGCGGCGUCAACGGAGCAAGCGAAGACUUUAGACAGCAUCAUAAACACGUUCCAUGGUCUUGUUGUUACGAACCUACUGAGGUCGAGGACGACAGGAAAAAAUGCGAGCGAGGAUGUCUCCAUCCAAUGAUCCACAGGACUCAGUCGACUUUGCUCUACGUUUUUCUCCUGGCGCUCGGCUCCGUCGUUCUUAAGGCCUGCAUCGUGUCGGUAGCUUGGUGCUACGCGAAAGCCAUCAUGGAGGGUAUGGAGAGGCGAAGAAAGGAGAUAACGACAGCUGCCGCAGCAGCGGCUCGCGCGAGCAGCAUCGAGGAACAGCGCAACAGCGCGAACCUCAGUCCUCUGGUGGAGAAGUCCAGGAUGCGAACACCUUAGGCGUCGAUGCAUCGUGCGGAACACGCCUUGGAAUAUAACGUCACAAACUUUGUUUUUGCUCUUAUCGUCGCGCUGUAGAUACAAUCGCGCAUACGUAGCUGUAGACCAUUCCUUAUCAUCGCGAGAGCUUUUAUCUCUCGAACAUUCGAAGCCUUGGUACCUUGUUAUCUCCCGGCAUGACUUCAUGUGCGAUCACCUGCGCGUUGACUCACAUGCGGUAUGUACUUAUUAUCGAAUAAUUUUUAGAAAGCGGACACAGGAAAUUGAUGGAACUUUUAACGAUUCCAUCGGAGUCAGUCGUAUGAGCGGAUUUCAGAGUGUUCGGGAAAAUUUAUGUAAAAUAAUGUCAAAGCUUAAGCUGUUGUUUUCCAAUUUUACUGGGAAAGGGGCAGUAGCGUCAUCUUAUUUCUAAUUAAUAUAUUAAAUGAGAUUUUUCUUUGGAUUUAUAUUCUUUUACGCACGUAGCGUUCUCACUUUCAAAGAAAGCGUUCGUUAUUCAAAUUGGAAUAUAUAAAAAGAAAGGUCUGCAGAGCCGUAUACGACGAUUUUACAUUUAUAACUCUUACUAAUGAGGGUUGAACGUUUCAUAAGUACACAAAUAUACGAAAGUUAACUUUUCUCGUACUUAAUCGAUCUUCGUAUCGAAAUCCAUAAUACGAAUAGGGAUUGUACUAUUUCCGUAUCCUUUCAUCUCGCCCAGAUACAUUCAAACAAAAACCACGGUUUCGUUUGACUAAUUUUUUGUUCCGUAGCGAUUUAAUCUGUGAUUUGUAUUUACUGCGACGGUGUUGAUCGUACUUCCCCAACUUGCUGAAAGUCAAGAAAGUAUUUAUAAUCUCAUUCAUUCGACUGAUGAUCAGAACGAAUGUUCGCUUAUCAUAAUACUUCUGAGAUCAUUAGCGAAAAAAGUAAUUCGAAGCUUAGUGUGUUCGAUACAAUAAUAAAUACUUAGCCAGUGAUUACUUGCAUGACUUCCUAUGUACACCAUUGUGUACAGAAACACUUAUUUAUCCGUUUGUACUUAGUAUUCGACGUAAACUUAAAGCGUGAUUUCGUAUUGAUUCCGUAGUUGUUCAGGGCCUAAUGACACUUUUAUAAUCUAUAUUUACGUAUAUUGUAUGUUGUUUCUGUCCUGUUUCUAAAAUCUACGAUUGUAUACUUAGUUUUUUACAAGACAAAAUAUAGUUUGCGUUAAAGAUGUUAAAUUAAUCUGGUAAACAGACAAGAAGUUAGUUGUGAAUUAUAUACAUUUUUAAAGUUAUUUCUGUAAUAAGAAUAUUAUCUGUAUGUUAUGCGACUAUUUUGUAACAUUUUCGAAUUAUAUUUAUACACUUGGAAAAAAAGACUCGAUUUAAACGUGAUAUUAACGGGUACAGCCGACAUAAAGAAUCAGGGUAAAAAAGAAGUAAGAAGCCAAGGAUAUCAAUAAUGAAGGAUGAGUAAUCCAGAUUUAUUAAAUGCUUGCAAGCACAAAAAAUGAGUUAUUGCGAAGUUGAAAACGAUUACUCGUUUAUUUACAGAUAUAUCUAAAUAGAAUCUAUAUGCAAUUUAAUAUGAGACAUAUUCAGAUGCGACAUAUUUACCGUUAAGAACUGCAAGUGCAUGCAUAUUAUGCGCGCCGCGUAUUUUAUAUAAAAAAUAUACCUAUGUAGUUAUUAAGAAUAUAUUUAAAGUUUAUUUUUUUAUACAUGACAUAAAACGAUGUAUGUACUUAAUCUAUAUAUAUAACUUUACACGCCAAUAAAAUAUACAUUUUCUAAUCACGAA